UGCAGAGAGCCCUCCAGUCCGCAGCCCCCUUCGUCUGGGCCCGCCUCUCGCAACGAGAUCGCGGGGAGGGGCCGAGGCGAAACCCGAGCCCAACGCCCACCACCCUGCCUGGCUACGUGGCUCGGCGGCCCCGGCCUCCCCCGCCAGCGCCGCGGCCAAUGGGCGCGUGAGUGGGGCGGCCCGAGCCUCUCCGCGCCAGCCGGGCGCGCCCCUUGCUGGGGAGGGAACAGCAGCGGUGGUGCCGCGAACCCCUACUGCCCCGCCACCUUCCUCUGCUCGCGACCAUGGCGCGCGGUGGCCGCCUGGGACUCGCCCUGGGGCUGCUGCUGGCGCUGGCGCUGACGCUGCGGGCCAAGCCCACGGUGCGCAAGGAGCGCGUGGUGCGGCCCGACUCGGAGCUGGGCGAGCGGCCGGCCGAGGACAACCAGAGCUUCCAGUACGAUCACGAGGCCUUCCUGGGCAAAGAGGACUCCAAGACCUUCGAUCAGCUCAGCCCGGAGGAGAGCAAGGAGAGGCUGGGGAAAAUCGUUGAUCGAAUUGACAGUGAUGGAGAUGGCUUAGUCACCACUGAGGAGCUGAAAGUUUGGAUCAAACGGGUACAGAAAAGAUACAUCUAUGAUAAUGUCGCUAAAGUCUGGAAGGAUUAUGAUAGGGACAAAGACGAAAAGAUCUCCUGGGAAGAAUACAAGCAGGCUACCUAUGGCUACUACCUAGGAAACCCCGCUGAGUUCCAGGACAGCUCUGACCACCUCACCUUCAAAAAGAUGCUGCCCCGGGACGAGAGAAGGUUUAAGGCCUCAGACCUCGAUGGCGACCUAACAGCCACGCGGGAGGAGUUCACUGCCUUUCUGCACCCAGAGGAGUUUGAACAUAUGAAGGAAAUUGUAGUUUUGGAAACGCUGGAGGACAUUGACAAGAACGGGGAUGGUUUUGUGGACCAGGACGAGUACAUUGCGGAUAUGUUUUCCCACGAGGACAACGGCCCUGAGCCAGACUGGGUUUUGUCGGAACGGGAGCAGUUCAAUGACUUCCGUGACCUGAACAAGGAUGGGAAGCUGGACAAGGACGAGAUUCGCCACUGGAUCCUCCCGCAGGACUACGACCACGCGCAAGCCGAGGCCCGGCACCUGGUUUACGAGUCGGACAAAAACAAGGAUGAGAAGCUAACCAAGGAGGAGAUUCUAGACAACUGGAACAUGUUUGUGGGAAGCCAAGCGACCAAUUACGGGGAAGACCUCACAAAAAAUCACGAUGAACUUUGAAAGGCGCUCAUCCUGACGUGGCCGACCGUCAGGGGCAUUCUUCAGGUGUUGGGGUGGUGGCUGCAGUUGUCCGGUGUACAGCAGUUGUGUCCCAAAACAAUGAGAUUACACCUCAGAUUGGGGUAAAUGUUAGUUUUCAUUCCAUAUUUACUGGAAAAUAGCCAUCGCUGUUUAUUCCAGUAGGCUCUUCCCUGAAGCACAUGAAAAUCUUGGCAACUGCAGUUCUCUGAGGGGAUACAUUGCUACGACAUGACUUCCUAGUUUGUGCUACCCCCACCUCAGUUUAAAGGAACGGGGACGGGAAUGUGAAAGGUUCUGUUACUGGGGUGGAGAACACACUGUACAGACUGUGUACUGACUGCUGUGUAUUCGGACGAUUAGAUUUGGGGCCUUUUAGCUGCCGCUGUUAAACAGUGGCGAAGGAAAAUGCUGAAGGAGUACACGUUGUGUUGCCCUGGGUCGGCUAACCUUGGAGCAAGCAUGGUAUUUCAAAGCCUUUCUUUCUAUCUUGAGCUGUUACUGUAAAUGGCAUAUAAACUUUUGUGUGUUUUCUGUAUGGGCCUGCUAGUGUGCACAGUGGCCCCACAUCUUUGGUGUGUUUGUUUUUAUACUAAGAAGCAAUCAAAAAAGAUAAUGUGAACAAGACAGGAAUUGAGAGACGGGGAAAAGAUGAAUGCCAGGAGUUUGAAAAACUGUAUGACCGUAGUCAACACUUUAAAUAUACUUGAGAAAUUGUUUUCCAUGUUAACAA